UGAGUGAAGUCUCGCGGAGUAAAACACCGGCCAUUUUUCUCCAUGUAUAGCAGGACACUUCGUGCUUGGGUAGUGUAACCGAGAGUGUUGCGAUCACUUUGAUAAGCCUACAAGUUUUGGCAAGUCUGAUUUUGUUAUUCAAGCAUCCAAACUUACAACAAACCUGACACAAACCAUGUUUGUGUUUACGGCUGCAAAGUUUUUUCGCUGACAUCCUUGUCCGGAUAGAUGCUUGUCUAAACUGUCGUACAAAUGGAAAUGGUGCCUAGCGAGGAGAACCAGUUCGUACCCAAAGAGAUCCAAAAUGCAGCUGAGGAGCCCAGAGUGCUGUGUAUCAUUCAGGACAUCACCAGUGCAAAGACGGUCAAUGAGAGGCUGACCAUCAACCUGCCCGCUUCCACCACCCUCUCCAAACUCUAUGGAGAUGUUGCCCACAAAGCGGGAUAUGUGAAAGCCACUUUUGACCUUGCCUGGGGAAAUACGCCGGACAUGGCACCACUGGACCACAGCAGUGAGAUGUCCCUCUCAGAUUCUGGGUUUGAGCCUGGUGGUAAGAGGAAUUUCCUCCAGCUCACUGACAAAGAUGGCGAGCAGCCCCAGAUAGCAUCGGAUGAGUCAGGAACAGCAGAUAGCAGCGGGCUGGAUGACAGCUCCCAGGAGCGAUUCAUCGGGCCCCUACCGAGGGACGGCACUGCAGGCUGCAGUGGUGACUACAGCAGUCCAUCUUACACCUACUCGUCCAUCCUCAACAAAUCUGAAACGGGUUACGUGGGCUUGGUCAACCAAGCUAUGACCUGCUAUUUGAACAGUCUUCUACAAACGCUGUUCAUGACCCCGGAGUUCAGAAAGGCUCUCUACAACUGGGAGUUUGAGGAGGUUGAAGAGGAUCCAGUCACCAGUAUACCCUACCAGCUGCAAAGGCUGUUUGUCCUGCUGCAGACUAGUAAGAAACGGGCGAUCGAGACCACCGACGUGACUCGGAGCUUUGGCUGGGACAGCAGCGAGGCUUGGCAGCAGCAUGAUGUUCAAGAGCUGUGCAGAGUCAUGUUUGAUGCCCUGGAGCAAAAGUGGAAGCAGACAGAGCAGGCUGACCUGAUCAACCAGCUGUACCAGGGGAAGCUGAAGGAUUAUGUGCGUUGUCUGGAGUGUGGCUAUGAGAGCUGGAGGAUUGAUACUUACCUGGACAUCCCUCUUGUGAUCAGACCCUUCGGAGCCAGCCAGGCCUAUGGCAGUGUGGAAGAAGCUUUGCACGCAUUUAUCCAACCAGAAACUCUGGAUGGACCCAACCAGUACUUCUGUGAACGCUGCAAAAAGAAAUGUGACGCCCGGAAGGGUCUAAGAUUUCUGCACUUCCCCUACCUGCUGACGCUACAGCUGAAGCGCUUUGACUUCGACUACACCACUAUGCAUCGCAUCAAGCUUAACGACCGCAUGGCUUUCCCUGAGGAGCUCGACAUGAGUCCAUUCAUCGAUGUGGAAGAUGAGAACACGCUGACCUUUGAGCUGUUCUCCGUCAUGGUCCAUUCUGGCAGCGCUGCAGGCGGCCACUACUACGCCUGCAUCAAAUCCUUUAGUGAUGGCCAGUGGUACAGUUUCAAUGAUCAGCACGUUAGCAAGAUCACCCCAGAUGAUAUCAGGAAGACAUAUGGGGGCUCCUCAGGGAGCAGAGGCUAUUACUCCAGUGCCUUUGCAAGCUCUACAAAUGCAUAUAUGCUGAUUUAUAGAUUGAAAGAUCCCUCAAGGAAUGCAAAGUAUUUAGCAGCGGAAGACUUCCCGGAGCACAUAACGAGUUUGGUUCAGAAGGAGAAAGAGACUGAAGAGCAGGAAAAGCGUCAGAGGGAGAUUGAGCGCAACACUUGCAAGAUAAAGCUUUUCUGCACGCGUCCCGUAAAGAUGAUGACGGAGAGCAAGCUGGAAGUACACAAGGACAAAACUCUCAGAGAAGCAACAGAAAUGGCCUUCAAGCUGAUGGAGCUGGAGGGAGUGGUGUCUCUGGACUGCUGCCGCUUGGUAAAGUACGAUGAGUUCCAUGAGUACCUGGAGCGCUCCUACGAAGGGGAGGAGGACACACCGAUGGGCCUACUGCUGGGAGGAGUCAAGUCCUCAUAUAUGUUCGACCUGCUGCUGGAGAUCCGCAAACCAGAGCAAGUGUUCCAGCCUUACAAACCUGGAGAGGUGAUGGUGAAGGUUCACAUUGUGGAUCUGAAGAGUGAUGCCAUCGCCACUCCAGUCAGUGUUCGGGCGUACUUAAACCAGACCAUCACUGAAUUCAAACAACUCAUUGCACAGACUACAGGGCUAUCUGCGGAAAGCAUGCGCGUGGUCCUGGAGCGCUGCUACAAUGACCUCCGGCUCCUGUAUGUCCCAAACAAGACACUGAAAGCUGAAGGGUUCUUCAGGAGUAACAAGGUGUUCGUAGAGAGCUCCGAGUUGACAGAUCAUCAGGUUGCUUUCACUGACUCACACUUGUGGAAACUGUUGGAUCGUCACGGGAAUACGAUCCGGCUCUCGGUUUUACUGCCUGAGCAGUCUCCUGGUACCUUGGCCAACAGGACUCUUUGCCAAAAAGUAGGAGGUGACUCUGAUGUGCCCCUUGAAGGUUCAGAGGGUAACACGAAAUUGGUGGAGGCAAUCCUAGAGGAGAGCACUGAAAAGUUAAAGAAUCUGUCUCUGCUGCAGCAGCAGCAGCAGCACGGCUCCAGCACCAGUGACAGCCAGAAAAGCUCUGACGGCAGCGACUUUGAACAUAUCGAAUCCCCAAGUCAAGGGGCUGACUCAAACUCUUCACUCUGUGUGGCUGCAGACAACAGAGAGUUAGAAAACCGGAUCAGGGCCACAGCUGGGGGCAGCAGCGGCGCCUCCUCUGACCCCGACAACCACUUUGCCUCUGAGGAGCGCUCUGACUCUGAGGUGAACAAUGACCGCAGCACCAGCUCAGUGGACAGCGACAUCCUGAGCUCCAGCCACAGCAGUGACACACUGUGCAAUGCAGACAGCGGGCCCAUACAGCUGGCCAACGGCUUGGACUCGCACAGCAUCACAAGUAGUCGUCGCUCCAAAGCCCACGAGGGCAAAAAAGACACCUGGGACACUGCUGAAGAAGACUCUGGAACAGACAGCGAGUAUGACGACAAUGGGAAGAGCAAGGCAGAGGCUCAGUACCUAUACUUCAGAGCAGAGCCUUGUUCUCAAGAUGACUCCUCGUCGGAUGCACAGAAAUGUUUAGUGGUUCACGUGGACAAGAGAAUAACAUUAGCAGCAUUUAAACAGAACCUGGAGCCCUACGUGGGAGUCGCCUCCACCCAGUUCAAGGUGUUUCGGGUGUACGCCAACAACCAGGAGUUUGAGAGUGUACGCCUCAAUGAAACGCUCUCAUCGUUCUCUGACGAUAACAAGAUAACUAUUCGACUAGGAAGAGCACUGAAAAAAGGUGAAUACCGAGUGAAAGUGUAUCAGCUACUAGUGAAUGAACCAGAGCCCUGCAAGUUCCUCGUGGACACGGUGUUUGCCAAGGGCAUGACUGUCAGACGGUCUAAAGAGGAGCUGCUGCCUCUGUUGAAAGAGCAGUGCAAGCUUGACCUCAGCCUUGACAGUGUUCGUCUCAGGAAAAAGACGUGGAAGAACCCAGGCACGGUGUUUCUGGACUACCAUGUCUAUGAAGAAGACAUCAGCAUCUCUUCCAAUUGGGAGGUUUUCCUGGAAGUACUCAACGAACCGGAGAAGAUGAAGUCCAUGUCGCAGCUGGCCGUCCUGAGCCGGAGAUGGAGCCCCGCUACAAUGAAGCUGGGGCCCUUUAAGGAAGUUAUUCUGGAGAGCAGCAGUGUAGAAGAACUCAAGGAAAAGCUCAGUGAAAUGAGCAUUAUUCCUCUCGAGAACCUGGAGUUUGCGAAGGGUAGAGGAACAUUUCCUUGUGAUAUAUCCGUGUUGGAGAUCCAUCAGGAUUUGGACUGGAACCCUAAGGUGUCGACUCUGAACGUGUGGCCUCUGUACAUCUGUGACGACGGAGCCGUGGUCUUCUACAGGGACAGCACAGAAGAACCUCUGGUGCUGUCGGACGAGGAGCGCAGUGAUUUGAUGAAGAAGGAGAGCAGCCGUCUGCUCAAGACUGGACAUCGCGUCAGCUACUCGCCGCGCAAGGAAAAGGCCCUGAAGAUCUACCUGGACGGAGGCCCAGCCAAGGACCCGGGGCAGGACUGAGGUACAGAGCAGCGCUCCUCCUUAUCUGGAUCGUCUGGCUGCAGCAGCAGAGCACCCAGGCUACAGGACUGAGUGUCGGGCCUGAUAGUUACUUGAACAUCAAGAAGCGUUGUGAGGCUGAUGUGCGCUCACCCUCCACUCUGAGCCCCAGGACUGGUUCAGAAACCAUAUUGUGCACUAUAGUGUAUUGUACUGUAAAGUUUAAAGGGAAGUACAAAAGCUAUUGAAUACAGAAAAAGAAUCAAAUACUCUAUAGACAAAUCAAUUGAAUGAAAAAGCUCCAGAGAAGGAGGGAGAGAUGUUUGGACUGUGAACUGAGCUGGAAAACAUCCAUCCUGUCUAUUUAAGUCUCCUUUCACCUUUUUUAGUCUUUCACUCUUCUUCCUGUUUCUCUUCCUCUUUCAGAAAUAGUGUGGAUUCUGAUUCAUCUUUGACCAUCUUGUAAGUCCAUACGCUCACACCUCCCGAGCACUGCUCUAUUACAGACAUCAUUCUUAACAUCGAUCACCUUCCUCUUCCUUCAAAUACUUAAAAACCAACAACAGCACACGCAACCAAGCACUACUUUUCCAGCUUUCCUCAGUCUCACCUCUUCUGGUGAUGCAAACCUCACCCUCUCUGUGACUUUGACAACCUUACUCACAAGAUUUGAUAAAUCAAAAAAAGCAACAAUUCAGAAUUUGUUAACCGGAGGUUGUUUCUGCUCCUAGAACAGUCAGAGUAAAUGUUGAUAUGGGCUGUCCUUACUGAUGCUCUUUGUGCUUUAUAGGAGCUUCACCUCUGUUACAUCACUUCCACUAGAUUUAAAGAUGCAUAGGCUAUUGGUCCUUUUAAUACAAAGUGCAAUGAAACAAAACCAAGUAGACUGUUAAGAAUCUCCUUGUUUUGUUUUUGUUGUAAAUUGUUAUUUUCCUCCAUGCGUAAUCAUUCAUUUAGGUCUCGUGAGGCACCAGGCACACAUCUGUUUUCUGUAUUAACCGUGUGUGUGUGUGUGUGUGUUUGCGUGUGCGUGUGCGUGUGUGUGUGUGUGUGUGUGUGUACACGUGUACACACUGAGGGGAGGGGGCUCUCUGGGGUUUUGACAGAGAGUGCAAGGUUGUUUUUUGCGCUUGUACUUGCUGCUGCUCGGUAGACUGACACCAGAGGGUGUGAAAAGCCCACUGGAUUUCUCCAGCGUCUGCCCGGGCAACUGGUCUGAGGACUGAAGCUCAGCAUCCGACAUCUCUGGGCUCCUGAGGCUGCCACCAGCUAUUCACUGUAGAAAUGCCAAUAUCUGAACAUCUAUUUUUUUUGUUGUUGUUUAUUUCUUUGAGAUAUAAAUCCUGUGUGAAAAUAGUUUAAGAUGAUUUUAGAAAUGAAUUAAAAAGAUUUUUUCUUUCAUAACUGCAGUUUUCUGUAACUGUAAAUUAAAAAUGGCUUAAUUUAACUCACAAAUCCUACUCACCUUUUUAAGAAACAGGGGUUUUGGUGUUGAAAAUACUUUUAUUUUUCUAUUAGCGAGAGUUGUACAAGACAUAUGUCAGGGUUCAAGUGCUUAAGAAUAGUGCAGAGGUUAUAUUAGACAGCUGUAGCCUGUAUGUAAGUUUACAUCCAGCACCAGUUGCUAGUACAAAAGCUGCAUUCACACAUACAUCAGGUGUUGCUUGCAUUCGUAUCGCACCCUCCUGCCGGGAUGUUGAAAUAAUAAGUCACAUUGUACAUGGAGAAAAUGGAACAAGCACGAGGUGUUUGGUACUAAUGGCGUGUUUGGGACACAGGUGUGUGUGAGUGAAACAUAAGAUGGAGAUGCAGGUGUAGACGACCAAACUAAAGUAAUGAGUUAAACAUUGUUUUUAAACUGAAAACUGAACUGAAAUGAUAUUGCCUGGUUAAAAACAUUAUAAAAAUGAAUGUAAUUUAAUAUUUAGUUUUAUAGCAACAAUAUAUCAUUACCAAAAAAGGAGAUCCAUCAACUCCUGAAAUUGAACGGAUUUGACAUUCCAGGAAAAUGGGGAAGUGAAGAUGAAGUGAAGAUUGAAAUAUUUCCAUUUCUACACAGUUCUCCAGCCGUGUAUUUUGUAUCUAUAUGUAGCUACAUACUUCUUUGACAUUAUACUGGCCUUUACAAAAACAAACUCAAACUUAUUUUGGAAAAACUGAAACUAAAAUUAAAUCAAAAAGUCUAAAAACGAAUUGAAACAUCGAUUAUUGCUCCAAACUAAAGUCUAGUGACAGGGUUGCAGUAAGUCUAUUUAGUAAUGGGGAAAUGUUACAUAUAAACAUGUUUGAUAACAUUUAUGAUUAUACUAGAACUAUUACUGUUAUACGGUUAUACUAACCAUACCAUUUAUAGAUGCUGAUACAGAAUUUGUUCAAUUUCAAACAAAAUCCAAAUCUUAUAAUAGAGUAUUAACAACAGAAGACUUUAAAGUUUAAGUAGUUUAGUGAAAUUGGCUACUGUUUUGGUCAUACAUCUGAUAUGACACGCUGCUGGAUAUAAGAUACUGCUUGAAAGGCAAAAGUAGACAAUUGAAAUAAGGUGAUACAGAAUCAAGUACACGCAUAAAAGAACAUUACAUAAUAAAUAUAUACAUACAUACAAACAAUGUAGAUAGAAGAAAUCACAACAUGGCAUGUUGGAAAGUGACAUAAACAUGUUGAGGC